AGAGUUCCGACUUCAGACUCCAUCGUAAAAGCUUCAACGUCCAAUCCACUGCGCCGUCUUUCAACGAGGACAACCUCCUCCCUGAAAAGCUACACUCCCGUAUAAUAUGAGAUAGCACGCCCGGCGGCUGCUGACAGCUAUUCGAGAUGUCGGUCGGCACACAAUCCUACCAGCUCUCCGACUACCUGGAGAAGCUGCCCGGUACGACGUUUAGGAGGCUGUACCAGCAGCCCUCGACGGCAUUUGCCAUCUUCCGGCGCAUGCUACCUCAGUUAGCCAAAACCUUCGUCAUGGCCCUCCUCUACAUGCCGCACCCGAUGCUCCUCUCGGAACUCGACAUCUGGGUGAAGAGCGAGGCCAAGCAGCAACGAGACCGCGCCCUCUCCAUCCUACGAUCCCUGCACAUCGUGCAGAUCACCCCACCGGGUAAGGACAAGCCGCAGGAGAUGUCCCUGACGACCAACUUCAAGAACAGCCUCCGCCUCGCCCUGGAGGGCGGCGGCUCCCACAACAGCUUCGGCGUGCCGAGCUCGCUGCCCGUCGACCCGACCUUUGACGUCGCCUUCCUCGACGGCUACGCGCGCAAGAAGUGGGAGGACAUAUUACACUUCGUCGUGAACAGCGUGGGGCUCUCCUCGGCGGCGGACACGGCAGCAGCAGCAUCGUCGGGGCCCAAGGCGUCGGUCAAAGACCUCCUCCUUGCGGGCCGGCUGGUGGAGCGGCGGGCCGGCGCGGGCAGCGGCGUGGCGAUCACGCAGGCCGGGUUCACGUUCCUCCUGCAGGAGGCCAACGCGCAGGUGUGGACGCUCCUGCUCCUCUGGCUCGAGGCCGCCAGCGCGGCGGGCUCGCCCAUGGAUAGCGUCGACAUGCUCUCCUUCCUCUUCACCCUCGCCAGCCUCGAGCUCGGCCGCGCCUACGACACCGACGCCCUCGCCGAGCCCCGCCGCAACAUGCUGCCCUCCCUCGUCGACUUCGGCCUCAUCUACGUGCCCCGCGACACCCCGCGCCAGUACUUCCCCACCCGCCUCGCCACAACCCUCACCAGCUCCGCCUCCGCCCUCCGCAGCGUCAGCUCCGGCUUCGCCGCCGCCACGGCGGGCGCCCCCAGCGACGCGACCAGCCUCGGCAGCGGCGGGGGCGCCGGGCCGCAGCAGGACGACAAGGGCUCCAUCAUAAUCGAGACCAACUACCGGCUCUACGCGUACACGUCCUCCCCCCUGCAGAUCGCCGUGCUGGCCCUCUUCGCGCAGCUCAACAUGCGCUUCGCCGGCAUGGUGACGGGCCGCCUGACGCGCGACAGCAUCCGCCGCGCCAUCGGCUACGGCAUCACGGCCGACCAGAUCAUCAGCUACCUAGCGGCGCACGCGCACGAGCAGAUGGGCCGCGCCGCCGCCACCACCACCGCCUCCUCCUCCACUGGUGGCGGCGGCGCCUCUUCGCGGCCCGUCCUGCCCCCCACGGUCGUCGACCAGAUCCGCCUGUGGCAGCUGGAGAACGAGCGCAUGCGCGCCACGGGCGGCUUCCUGUUCAAGGACUUUGACUCCCCGCAGGAGUACCAGGCCCUCGUGGGCUACGCCGACGAGAUCGGCGUCCUCGUCUGGAGGGGCGACCGCCGGCAGAUGUUCUUCGCCAGCAAGCACGAGCAGCUGAGGGACUACCUCAAGAGCCGGAAGAAGGCCGAGUAGGCUUUGUCGAAGAGGGGUUUUUACGAUAUGUACUGUACGUAAUGGUGGUAUUGCUUGUUGCAUCGCUAGGCGUUUUUAGCAUGGGGCUCCCUUCCUCUUUUCCUUGCAUUUUUUGCUUUUUGCUUCCCUCCCUAUAUAAGAUAGACGGGGUUAUAUCCAGGUGGUAAAAAAAGAGUCGCCUUCUGAGGCUGGACUGGAGGCGUAUCCAGGAAAUGGUCAAAUGGGGAGAGCUAAAUGGGAACAAUAGCUUACUUGCUACUUGAAAAGACCAUCCGAAUAUCUAGAGAACGAGGUAGAAUCCAGCUGAAUCGAUGGCCAUUAAUUAAUCUCAGCGUGCCAUCCCAGAUGAGGCAUAUGGGUAUUUCCCCGGGCCUCCUCUCCUCUCAU